AUGUGUUCAGAUCAGGGCCGGCGUGUUGGACACGUGGAGAGCAUCCAAGCAACAUGCAGAAUCCUUGUUAAAAACCAAACUCAGGUGCAAUACCCAAAGAUUGAGUUAUAUGUUGAGUUUGAACAUAUAGCUGUAGAUGGAAUUCAACAUGACCCAGAGGUGAAAGAUGUCAUUGCGAAGAGGAUUUUGAAACUACCUACGAAGCCGUUAAACCUAACGAUCUACACUCCAAACGAGAGCUUCACAGUCCAUUCUUCCUCUCCAUUCACGCUCCAAACCUUUCUCCUCAGCGCCUUCAUCCACCGCAUUCUUCCAUCAUCAACACCUUUGGGACUUCCAUCACUCUCCUCGUCGUCAAUCAUCGUUAUUCCCAUCCUGUCCCUUCUCUUCCCCUCUUUUACAAGGAUAAACCUAAUCCUCCUUCAACGACUUUUUCUUCUCUUCAAACCUAACACCGAUGAGACUGGCAGUGAGGAUGAUGGCCUUUUGGAUCUGAGUGAAGAUGAUUUUUUCCUCGCUUGGAGUUCUAGUGAUGAAGCAGAUGCAGAUGAUGAAUGGACAGACAAAAGUACGAGGUGGGUAGAGAUGUUUUACAACUUAAGCAGUUAUUAUAUUAUGAAAAUUCAUAUACUCGCAGCAAGGUAAACGAUGUUAAGAAGAGCAACUGUAGUAUACCUGUUUGUGAUGCUGGUAUGGUCAAAUUGAAGCCAGUAAAUGGGUGUCAAUGAGUAGUCAAAUUGUUGAUGCUAGUAUGGUCAAAUUGAAGCAAGGUAAACGAUGUUAAGAAGAGCAACUUAGUUACAAGAGUUUAUUAGUAGUGGGUGUUAGCUGUUAGUACUGAUGCUUUUCUAUAAAUAUAUAUAGUGCCAGCCCCCUGUUUCAAUAUACAUAUUACUCUAUCUGUUUCUGCUCUUUCACUUAUUAUUCUCUCCAUUCUUGUUCUUGUUGUGAGAUUCACAAAUUAACAAACAAGAACAUGGAGUGGUGGGUGUCAAUGCCAAAGGUGGAGUUGCAUGCUCAUCUCAAUGGA